AUAACAUCUCCGGUUAAACUCCGUCAACUUCAUCAAGUGCCCAUAUUUAUAUACCCUUCACGAUGAAACUCCUCCAUUCAAGCAAUAGACACACAUCAACACACACCAUAAUUCCCAAAUGACAAUGACCAACCCAACCUCCCCCCCAGGCCGCCUCCUACGCCUAACCAUCCAAAUCUACCGCAACCAAGCGAGCACCAACUCCGAAGAACGGGAGAAGUUCGCCCGCGAAUAUCUCUCCAAAGUUGCUGUUGUAGUCGCCAAGCAUGGAAUCGAGAAAUAUCAACAAGUCUACACCCCACCCGCAUUCCGCGAAGCGUUAGAAGAAUCAAGUCGCCGUAACAAACGCGGCUGGGUUAUUGAUGACCACGAUCUCACCGUCGAAUUCUAUUUCCGGAACUUCCUCGCCAUGAACAAUGUUCGCAAUGAUCCUGAGUUCGCUGCAUUGCAGGCUAGUGAGGGGCCGUAUGUUAAUCUUAUCCAUACGGUUGCUACCCUGGGUUGGGUGGAGCAGUAUGUGGAUGGUGGGAAGGUGGUGAAUAUUGGACCUGAUGGGAGGUCGAUGUAUCCUUCUUGGGCGGAGUUGGGGGAUGUGCAGUCGAUGUUUCCUCCGAAGGUGGCGGAGGGGGAGGCUUAGCUGGAUGCUAUCCAUGGGCUUUUGGAAAUGGAGAGAUACUAUCUGUUUGCUUGAACGGAAGUUGAAGGGGCGUGUCUGUGUGUUGUUGCGUUGCGUAGAUGAAUGGAGGGGAUACAGAAAUCGUCGGAUUUACCUGCUCCUACGAGGUACAGCUAGAAGCCCAUUCAUACGGACUAGAGCUUCUUAGGGCAUGUAAUGAAUUUGUUUUUGAC